UGAAAUGGUUCUUCGACACAGGAUCACUUUGUUGCUCCUCAUCUCUUCAUGUCUGAUUGUCUUGACAGAUUCAUGUAACAAUCGAUGUCUGGCAAAUAUAAUAAUUGCUAAGAAAUUGAAGAGCGCACCACAGGGUAAUGAUUGUUCUGUCAAUGUAACCAUCACUUCAAUGAAGUAUGAGACAAUGUCUUUUGAUACAAAAAACAUGCAAAUGAGCAGCCGUGUCAAGGUGAACAUGGUGUGGAGGGAUCUUGAACUACAGUGGAAUGCAACAACAUCUAAUGCUUCAGCCGUUAUGUUACCAGUUGACAAAAUCUGGACUCCUGCGUUGGUUUUGGACAAUGCGAUAGAUGUAACCGUGAAGCCUUACACUGAUGAUGUACAGGUGAGCCAGGAAGGAACCGUGGACUAUGCCGUUAUCUUGUUCAUAUCUGUGAGCUGUAAUGAUAUCAACCUCUUCAACUACCCGUUUGUGAGUGGAGAAUGUUCUGUGGCCAUCAACGGAUGGAACCAAAGCAAAUGUGAGAUUAACCUCAACCAUCCAUCUAACAUAUCUAAUGUUGGAGGCAUUCAAGGAGAGUGGGAGACUGUGAAUGUGAUAAUAAAACAAGACCAGACGUUUCAAAACAGUAGAUAUCUCUCGGUCUCUUUAUCCAUCAGUCCUUUCAGUGCUGUUGUGACCCUGAUCCUGCCCAGUGUGUUAAUAAUGCUGGCUGACCUGGUGACAUUUUCUCUGCCCGUUCAAGGAGGAGAACGCAACAACCUUAAGGUCACCCUGGUCCUGAGCUUCACCAUGUUCCUCCUCAUCCUCAAUGAUCACCUAAGCAGUGGUGGACGAUGUAGCCCAAUCCUUCAUUAUCAUUUCUGCUUCUGUCUGGUCAAUCUGGUGUUGAGCAUGGUGGUGUCUAUUGUGUUGACACGUCUGACGUUGAAUGACGGAAUCCUGUCUUGUAAAUGCUCAAAGAACAUAAAAAAAAACAAAAAAACUGCCAGCCUGGGUCAGGAUGAAGAUGCUGUGGUGAUUGCAACAAUAAAGUCCAGCGAUCUGCCUUCAGAGGUGGCUUCCCUCCAAAAAAUAGUGAACUUUUUGGAAAACGUUGACCAAAAACAGCAAGUGGCAAGCAGCAACGAGUCUUUUGUAGAUCGCUUGGAUAAAAUCUGUUUCUGUUUUUUUUUAUUCCUUGACAUAAUUUAUAUCAUUGUUGUUGUCAUUGUCACCAGAACAGACUUGUGCAAAGAAAAAAAGAAGGAAUUAUGGGAUACAGAAGAUUUUUAUGAUUCUUUUUCUUAUUUUCCAGCAUCCUCCUUGGCCCACACCUGCACCUCCUUCACCAUUACCCGCAUUAUCAUUUGUCUGGAGAGCUUCAUCCCUCAGUACGCCGUUCCACAGUCUGAUCUUUACGUCAAGCCUGUCCAGCCUUAUCUUCACCCUGAUCUUCACGUCAUGCCUGUCCAGCCUUAUCUUCACGUCAUGCCUGUCCAGCCUGAGCUUCACGUCAUGCCUGUCCAGCCUUAUCUUCACGUCAUGCCUGACCAGCCUGAUCUUCACGUCAUGUCUGUCCAGCCUGACCUUCACGUCAUGCCUGACCAGCCUGAUCUUCACGUCAUGCCUGACCAGCCUGUCCUUCACCCUGACCUUCACGUCAUGCCUGACCAGCCUGAUCUUCACGUCAUGCCUGUCCAGCCUUAUCUUCACGUCAAACCUGACCAGCCUGAUCUUCACGUCAUGCCUGUCCAGCCUGAUCUCCACGUCAUGCCUGACCAGCCUGAUCUUCACUUCCCAGCAUCCUCCUUGGCCCACACCUGCACCUCCUUCACCAUUACCCGCACCUGCCAGCAAUCAUCAUCAUCACUCACCGUCUUCAACUGUUGUCUUCAUUGUUUACCUAUGCAGAUGCUGCCAUUCACCUCCAUCCUCCCCAACCACCACCAAGAUGGUACCUUCCCCUUCAUCCUCCCCAACCACCACCAAGAUGGUACCUUCCCCUCCAUCCUCCCCAUCACCACCACCAGGAUGGUCCCUUACUUACCUCCAGGGGGUCGGCUGCGCCCCCGCCUUCAUCUCAGGCGGGACAUGCAGAUUCGGCUAACCUCGCUUUGA